CUGCCAUCAAAGAACUCUGAAGAGUUUGAAGCUGUCACAGCAGGUCCUGGAAGGCCAGAAGCACCAAGACAAAGACAGAAUCUGAAGCAACACACGAUUUUGCCGCCCAGAACCUGAUGGCUCCUAUAAUUAUCCUGGAGCCUGCGGCUGGUUGCCUCUGCGACCAGCCAGUGCACGUCGCCGUGCGCGGCCUGGCCCCCGAGCAGCCCGUCACGCUGCGCGCCGCCCUGCGAGACGAGAGAGGCGCGCUCUUCCGGUCCCACGCGCGUUACCACGCCGACUCCCACGGCGAGCUGGACCUGGCACGCGCGCCCGCGCUGGGCGGCAGCUUCGCGGGGCUCGAGCCCAUGGGGCUGCUCUGGGCCAUGGAGCCCGAUAGGCCUUUCUGGCGCCUGAUCAAGCGCGACGUGCAGACGCCCUUCGUGGUGGAGCUGGAGGUGCUGGACGGCCACGAGCCCGACGGCGGGCGGCUGCUGGCGCGGGCGGUGCACAAGCGUCACUUCAUGGCUCCCGGGGUGCGGCGCGUGCCCGUGCGCGAGGGCCGUGUGCGCGCCACGCUCUUCCUGCCUCCAGGAAAUGGACCCUUUCCUGGGAUCAUAGACCUUUUCGGAGUUGGAGGUGGCCUUCUGGAGUAUCGAGCAAGUCUGCUGGCUGGGAAGGGCUUUGCUGUCAUGGCUCUGGCCUAUUAUAAGUACGAUGACCUCCCCACGAACAUGAAGAUAUUUCACCUGGAGUACUUUGAGGAAGCCGUGAACUACCUGCUCAGUCACCCUCAGGUAAAAGGUCCAGGAAUCGGGCUGCUUGGGAUUUCCAAAGGGGGUGAACUUGGCCUUGCUAUGGCCUCCUUCCUGAAGGGCAUCAAAGCAGCUGUCUUCAUCAAUGGCUCUGUGGCCGCUGUUGGGAACACCAUAUACUACAAAGAUGAGACUAUCCCUCCUGUGUCUUUUCUGAGAGAGCGAAUCAAAGUGUCCAAAGAUGGCCUUUUGGAUGUUGUGGAAGGACUUCAAAGCCCUUUGGUAGAGACGAAGAGCAUCAUCCCUGUGGAAAGGUCUGACACCACCUUCCUGUUCCUUGUGGGUCAGGAUGACCACAACUGGAAGAGCGAGUUCUAUGCCAAUGAGAUCUCCAAACGCUUACAGGCCCAUGGGAAGGAGAAGCCCCAGAUCAUCUGCUACCCAGAAGCAGGGCACUACAUUGAGCCCCCUUACUUCCCCCUGUACAAGGCUGGCAUGCAUGUCCUGGUGGGUACUAAUAUCAUCUUUGGAGGGGAGCCUAAGCCUCAUGCCAUGGCCCAGGUGGAUGCAUGGCAGCAACUCCAGACUUUCUUCCACAAACACUUGGGUGCUGAAGAGAGGACGAUCCCAGCAAAACUGUGACUUUUAUUUAAGUUUUAUUUAACAUCUCUAAGGCAGGUUUCUCCUGGGAAUAGCCUCCACGCUAUGUGUGUGUGCUUAUCUUUUAUAUACAUGUAGAGGUUCUUCCCCCAUUUUUUUUUAUUAGUCUGGGAGGAGAGUGAUUGUGCAGAAAAUGUAAGGUGUGGAAAAAGCUGAUCUCUUGCCUUGGCUCAGUCUGCAGGUGACAAGAGCUAUAGCUCUGAAAGAAAGGCUGAGUCACGGUUGCAGUUCUGGAGUUCAGUAAUCAUUUGCUAAAGGGCUGAUUAAAAAAAUAAAUGACUACCUACUGUUUAAACAAGCAUCAACAGGGGCUGGAAAGAUGGCUCAGCAGUAAAGAGCACAUACUGCUCUUAUAGGACUUAAGUUUGUUUCCCAUCGCCCGAACCAAGCAGCUCACAACUGACAGUAACUCCAGCUCCAAGAGACCCAGAGCUCUCUUCUGAUCUCCUGGAGGACCCAAGUACCUGUACACACACACACACACACA